AUGUCAGGUUUGUUCUAUAGAGUUAUCGAGUCCAGGGACUUGUCAAAGGAGAUAUCAAGUGCCCCUGAGUUCCUCUCCUGUCACAAUGACCAGAGUUUGGUGGAGAUUAUUGUUACGAGGAUUAUAUCAGCUGUUAGGGAAACAAACUCCAUUCAACAACAUGCAAGAUGUCUGGUUCAGCUUCUCCAGUCUUGUCUAGCACACAGCCUUCGUCCCGGUAGUAAAGGAGACCCGCCACAUGCCAAGAUGGCAAGUGAUAUAAUGUCCUGUCUGUUCCUAAACUACAACAAGAAACCGGUUAUGCUACUGGCUAUCCCUGUAGCGGUCAAAUUCCUGCACAAGGGGAACAAAGACCUAUCCAGGAAUAUGUCAUCCUACCUCUCCCUCGCUGCAAUAGAGAACGCUGAUACCCUGGCGGUUCAUGUUCAGCCAAUAUUAGACUCGGUUAUAUCAGGAAACUACAGUUUAUCCCGUGUACUACCGGCGAUAUUCUCUGUUGACCGUCAGCUGAUUAAUAAUCACGUGAUGACCCUGGUUUCUAUUCUACCUAAUUGUACAGACAGUGAUUCCCUCGCCCUUCUAAACCUGUUUGAACUGGUUGCCAAAGAAUCACCAGCCUUAUUAGAGCCCUCGAUACCACAGCUCUGUGAAUGCUUGCUUCAACAAACUCUGGCAGCUUCAACGCUUCAGGUGCUUCAAGGAAUUGCUCAAGUUCUUCCCCAGUCUCUAGUCGACCAUCUUGCCGCAUUUAAAUCCACAGCGGACAACUUUCCGAAGACGACAAUCUCCGUAGUUCAUUUACUUACAGUAGUAUGUCUCCCUAGCAUAGAUAAGAGCAGAGAGGUUCUGAAAUAUCUACUGGAAAUAAUUUGUAAAGUAGAAGUGGAGAAGCAUAGUCUUGUUCUCAAG